CGACGCUGCCUGCAUAGCCUCCACUCGUCGCCUCCACCCACCUGGUAAAGCUUCAUGCCCUUCUCCCUUAUCCUAAUCUACUUAAGCAUGUAAGCUUAGCUAUCCGCAAAGCUAAAACCCCCACAUACUCUAAGACCGCCUAUACAGAUACUGUAGCCAGGUUGCGCGCCAAAUCACACACAAGCUCAGUCUCACAACCAUUCAAACCAGUACGUACAAGAUAGCGAAGCCCAUGGCGCAGCUUCCGGCCGUGCUGCCGCCGCUGGCGCUCGUCGACGGGGGGCGCAAGAAGCGUGCUGGGCUCCCGAGGCUCCUGCACAAAUUCUUCUUCAAGGUUCUGCGGCUGAGGCCUGCGUCGUCGUCGUCGGCAGCGGAGGGCGGCGCGGCGGCGUUCGAGGCGUACUACGGGUACCGGAUGGUGGAUGAGUACUACUACUACAGCUACGGCGGGUCGUCGUGGGCCGGGGUGCUCUUCUCCAUCCCGGAGGAGGAGAGCUCCGAGGAGGGCACGCCGGAGUCUGUCGUUCGGCCUGGCCCAUCCGCGCUCCGGAAGGCCCACUCCGACUCGGAGCGGUUCAUCGCCGCCGAGGCAGCCGCCGUCGUGCGCCUGGAGGUCAUCUUGUGAUUAAAACCGGGCACCGCUGCUGAGCUCGGCGUCUGAAGGACAGGAGGGCGCCUGCGCCGUCCGAUCUGAACUCGAUGCUCGGAUGACAGCAGCUGCGCGGGUUUAAGGGCGCAUAUGGGCUUGCUGAUCCUCGCAAGACACUCAGGGACCAUGCCUGUCAGUCCUGGAAGUUGCAGGAUUCAUCGACGGCUUGAAAGGUGGCAAGCACUACCUGGAGGUAGCCUAGAGCCCUGGACCAAACUCAAGCUGCAAAUACACUCGAGAGUAGUUAGGCUGCCACGUAGGGAAAUAAAGGAGUCCUGUUUGCAUAUCACAAUAUCAAGCUCAGUCCUGUCUAUUAGUUAGUGACAAGAGUUGCGUGCAUAGAUGACACAAAGAUGGAUUUCAUGUACUCUUAAGGGAUUCACGUAUUAGAUUGGAAAUUCGGGCAGAUUUUUCCUUCAAUUCCUCUGGUGAUUGAAUGGUUUCAAACAAAAGUUUCCAUGGCCUGAACGUGAGUGCUAUUGUUAUGUAGCAGUAGAAGUUGCUGUCUUGUUAACGUCACUAGUGAUGUGAACUGGCUAGCUUUCAUGUAAAUCCUUUAAUAGUAUAAAGUACAAAUCCGGCCAAUCUCGAUCAA